UUCCCCCCCGAGUUGAAAAUGGAGUUCGAUUAAAGCAGAUGUCCACCAACUUCUGAAGGAAACUAAAACUCUGAGACGUUUUCACUUCACUCGUCAGCACUAAUAUUGAAAACGGUUUAGCCACCGUUUUUUUUUCUUUCUCUCUCUCUUUUUUUUUAAGCUUUGGAUGCCUUUACUUGCAAAAUUGCUCGGACACGUUGACGGAGCAACGCUGCACAGCGCUUUUUCAAGUGUUGUCCUGGACCUGAAGUUGGCGAAUGGAUGCUCGACAGCCAGCCAUAAAUAACCUGCCAAACCUUACAGGCUACAGCAAUUCCUGCAUUUUUUGAGGAUCUAUACACAUUUUUCCAAACCGGGGAUCUGUGCUCGUUGAAGAGGAUGAUGCCAAUGGCCCAUUUGUUGUGGUCGGAUUUUACUUCCAGGGAGGAUAAAAUGAAUCAACGAUUGUCAUUCCUCCUCGCUAUUUAACACUAGUUCCAGCCAGCAAAGCUAACAUUGAGCUAGCUUCACUUUGGGGGUUUUUCUUCACAGGGACGCUUAGUUAGGCAUGCCCCUUUGUACAUCGUUUACUUACUAUCCGAAAUAGGGGGUUAUUUCUAUAUGUGAAGGAAAAUGGUGAUAUUUGUGGUAUUUUAUCCCGCCGUCACUGCGUCGUCGAUGCUAUUGCUAGGAUUUGGAUCCCCGUGAGGAAAAAAUGAGUGAAGAUUCAACAAAUCCAAACAACGAUGACAGUUAUGCACGUGUGAGAGCAGUGGUCAUGACUCGGGAUGACGGUGGGUGGCUUCCCCUGGGCGGCGGAGGCCUUAGCUGUGUCACCGUCUAUAAGGUCAGCCGGGCGGAGGACAGCAACAGCACCCAUAGCGGAGGCAGUGGAGGAAGCAGCAGCAACCUCAGCCCUAGUAGCCCCAGUCCUAGUCCCAGUCCCAGCCCCAGUCCCAGCCCCACCGCUGUGGAGUUUCACAUCAAGGGCGAGAGGCUCAAAGACAAAUUGGUGGUCCUGGAGUGUGUCCUGCAGAAAGACCUAGUAUACAACAAGGUCAACCCCAUUUUCCACCACUGGAGGAUCAAUGAGAAGAAGUUCGGACUGACCUUCCAGAGUCCCGCUGACGCCCGUGCCUUUGACCGGGGCAUACGCCGGGCCAUCGAGGACAUCAACCAAGGUUGUCGGUCAUUUGGGGAAGGGGAUAUUCCUGAGGAUGGACUACCGGUGUGUGAUGAGCCUCCCUCUAUCUGUACACCAAUGAAAGAGCCCUUCUCUCCCCUGAACAACGUUGUCUCCACCGAGCCAUUCAGGGGCUGCUACGUCCGCGCCCAGCCCUUCGACGAGUUCCCCUCUAGCAACCGCCGCUACCUUCCUCCACAGGUCUCUAAAUCGACUCGUCAUGUCAGCUUUCACAUGGACGAUGAGGAGAUCGUUCGCAUCAACCCACGCAAAGACGUGCUCAUCCGCGGCUAUGAGGACUACCGUCACCCUGUCAUGUGGAAACAGGAAGCUGACCGCGAGGACCUGGACUUCCCCACCGCCUUCCACAAACUGGACAGUAAGAAGUGCGAGUACCUCUUCCCCGAUGGCCCCGGUGGGGACUCCCACUCUGGUCCUGGUAUGGGCAUUGGAACAGGUAUGGGGCUGGGUCUGGGCAAGGACACAGCCAUCAAGACUCAGCCCUCCCCCCUGCUCAAGUCCAAGAAGGGCCGACGGCGACGAGAGGACGGGGAGCGUUCGCGCUGCAUCUACUGUCGGGAGAUGUUCAACCAUGAAGACAACUGGCGGGGGCAGUGCCAAGACGCCCCUGACCCCAUCAGGCAGUGCAUCUACAAAGUCAGCUGCAUGCUGUGCGCUGAGAGCAUGCUGUACCACUGCAUGUCCGACUCUGAGGGUGACUUCUCAGACCCCUGCUCGUGUGACACAUCUGACGAGCAGUUCUGCCUACGCUGGCUGGCCCUGGUGGCGCUCUCCUUCAUCGCGCCCUGCAUGUGCUGCUACCUGCCUCUGCGCGCCUGCCACCACUGUGGUGAGGCCUGCCGCUGCUGUGGGGGCAAGCACAAGGCCGCGGGGUGACCUUACGCCGGACACUGGGACACCCUCAAAGCUAGCUAACACAGGAAGUGGAUAAAAGCGGAAAAUUAAAAGCCGGCAUCCUUUUUUCAUUCCCCUCUCAGACAGGGUGAUGUUGAUCCCCAGCUCUGAGGGCUUUUGGAGAUUUCAGUUUGUGUUUGUCGCCGACAAGCAGCAGUGGAGGACAAACCAUAUGCUUUGUGGGAGCUCUGGGCAUCAAGCUACGUUCAGGAGCUUAAUCUGGGGAGGAGAAUAGGAGAAGGAGUUAAGAUUAAUAGACUUGGAGAUGUUACUAAACACACCUACACACGAACACACACGCAAACACACCUCUCUCUCUCACAUUCACAUUCAUGCAUUGACAAAGCCAGGCCACAAAUGUCAGAACUGUACUACGAGUAAUGUGUAACUUUAUGAAGGAAAAUUGUCUUUUGUACAGAGAGCGACAAGUUAAUGACAAAAAAAAAGAAAACAAAACUAUUCUGCGUUCAGAAAAAAUACUUGCUGUUUGAGUAUGCUAAAAGGGAUAUGUUAUUUGCUUUUGUGAAUUUUCAGUUGGGUAACAGUGGCCUUUCCUUCAUGGCUUCAACAUUUGCUGACAAUGUAAUUACUAGACAGAGAAAAGUGCACUAGAAAUGGUAUUUUCCCCCAGAGUAAAGGUAACCCUCUCAAAUCGAUGUGGUACAUUAACCACCAUAUUUUAGCAUAAUUUUAACAUUUGAGAGAUGUUGCUGUGGUGGAUGUAUGGCCAACUUAUUCCUUGUUUUCCUUUCAAUCGAAUGUUAAACUCAAAAAAAAAAAGUAACAGUUUGUUCUUGGUACAGCUUGGCAUAGCUUUUGAUAUCUAGAAGAUGUUAAAAGGAUUACCUCGCCUUUCUCGAGGUGAUUUAGACCAUUUGAUUGCAUUCCAAAAUAAAGGGAUUCAUUCCAUGAUUUGAAGGGAAAAAAUGGUAACGACUUUACCAUGCUGACUUCCCCGAAAAAAUAGUUUUUCCACGCCACAAUGAAAAAAAAAAAAAAGUAUCAGAACCUCUUGAACCAUUUAAAUUGAAACCAGUACAUGACAAUUUCAUUCAGUUUGAGUCCAGUUAUUUACUGCUGUAGUGAAAUUGGUGUUUUGUUUCUUCAUUGUUUUCCUGCUCAUUUUAUAAUUAUUUUUGAAACAAAGGCUGAAAAUGUUGCUCAACCAGCAAGUUUUGUUUUGGCGAGUAAGGGGUUGCAAUGCUCCUUGGUUAAAUAAUGAGGCACUUAAAUUAGGCAAUUCUUUGAUUGAGAAUCCCUCGGAUUUUGGAAUUAGUCUGUACAUAAACUUCACUAAUUUAACAUCCGAUUUGGCAUCUUUAAAGCACUGCGCUCCAAGCUUUGGUUGCAGCACCCUCUCCAAAUUUCCAUGUUUGUCCCACAAUCAGUUUUUUUUCUUUUUGUUUUCUUAAUUUCUCCCUCAUAUCCUGUUUAAGUGUAGUAUUACGUUGUUCUUUUAAAAGUUAGUCCACUCCUUCCAUGUGUCUUCAUUUAACAGGUCCUGAAUGAAUGCGUUUCAGGAAUGUUGAGAAAAAAAAAACAUACAGAUGUGUGUAUGUGUGUGUGUGCGUGUCUGUGUGUGUCUGUGUGCGUUUGCGUGCAUAGGUCUUCAUAUGCGUUGGUGAUUUGAUGUUGUGUAACAUCAUCACUGACUAUGUGAAUAAGGCUUUGACGUUUUGACAGCACUGACCAGCAUCCUGUUUCCCGUCUUUGUCUGUGUGCAAAGAAAUGAUCAAACUGUUAAAGGAAUAGUUUGUCAUUUUGGGAGAAAUGUGCUUAUUCACUUUCUGUCUGUGAGUUAGAUGAUAAAAUCAGUAUCAUUGGCAUGUCUGUAUUUUCGACAUGUGGCUGGAGCCAGCAGCAGAUUAGCUUAGCUUAACCUAAGGAGUAGAAACAAGGGGACACGGCUAGCCUGGCUCCAAAGCACCAGCACCUUUUAAAGCUUACUAAUUAACUCUUUGUAUCAAGUUUGUUUAAUCCAUAUAAAAUUACAGUAGGAUGUGUAAAAAUGACAAUUUCCUGUUUUACGGCACUGUUUAUUGGAGGGCUUGUGAAGUUGCCAGGAAACCAGUAAAGCUUCCAGGAAGUUAAUUUGCCUGACAAGAAAUAGUCCGACACAUAACACAAAUCUCACUUUUAUACUUUGGUUUUUGUUUGAAUUUAAAAUGAGAUACAGCUUGUUAGUGAACUUUAGAGUUGCUGAUAGGCAGAUUUAGACUAGCUGCCUCCAUUUGAUUCCAGUCUUUAUACUAAGCUAACUGAUAGCUGCUGGCUCCAGCUGUGUAUUUAGAGCACAGAUAUCAGAGCGGUAUCAAUCUUUGCAUCUAACUCUCAGCAAGAAAACAAAUAUGAGUAUUACCCUCAAAAUGACAAACUUUUCUUUAAAGAUUCUUGGGAGACAGGGAUUAGACAGACUGUAAGCCAGAGUUGAACUGUGUUUGAAACCCAUUUCCCAUCCGAAAGAGCAAAAAAUGUCAAAUUUAACAUUGUGCUCAAAAAACUGUUGUUGACUCUGAAUAACGAUGCUUACAUUAGAACAAACUCCUGACAGGAAUAACGGCUCAGUUUGGAAGUGUGGUUGCAAUAACCGAAAUGUUUCCUAACCAAGGCAUUGGCUUGUUUUAAAUUAAUGUUAAUUGUAAUAGACCUCAGUUUAUAACAGCAGAACAUCCACAUGCUGUAACUAACAGAUAUGCAUAUCUUCUCACCUCCUGUCACUACUGGUGGCACCUGUGUUGAUCUGAUUGCAUCACAGGACAGACAUUUAUCUCUCUAACUCCAUCCCCGACUGGCCAGCGACACCAACGCUCCCUUUACUUUCUAUGCAAACUUUCUAACAUGGGAAAACACAUCGACCUCUCUGCAGACUGAGUCGGCGACGGGACAGGACACUUUAACGUUAUAUAGGUAGACAACCAACCCCUGGUACCAAACUCCAAACACGUGUAAAUACUUAACAUUAUAUUUAAGUACUGAUAAUAAUCCCAGCUUUAUUUGUCUUUGAAAUUUUAAAGAUAGAGCUGUAUUUAUCGUUGCUGUCAGCAUAUACUGUAGCUUCAAUUGACAGCAUUAUGUACAUAGGUCACCUUUUAGUAUUAUUUCACAUUGAAAAGUAGAGGGCGUUUGUGAUGGAAAUGACUAUUGAGCUUCUAAUAGAGUUUCUCUCUAGUUUUGUACGGUAGAUGGAAGGAUAGUGCUAACACGGUACAGUAGUGGCAGUCCAUUUGUUUCAAAAGUUUGAUAUAUAUGUGUAUGUGUAUAUAUAUGUAUACACACAUAUAUAUAUAUAUAUAUAUAUAUAUAUAUAUAUAUAUAUAUAUAUAUA